UACAAAGUUACUUAUCAAUUUUUCUGUUUCCGGUUUGUUAUAUAUGGCUAGUUUUUAGACUGUAGAAUUGUUACGAUACGUAGAGAAAACGCAUAGCUAGUACAUAGAAAAUGUUGGAUCUAGAGUAUGAUUACUUUUUAGAGGAAGAUAAAAUUGCAUGAGAAAUAGUGUACAUGAACACAAUUUUCUGUUUAUUUACUGGAAAACUCGCACAAGAUGUAUUCGAUGAUCUACGACCACCAGCUUAAAUUUUAUGAGGACAGAAUCGAGCAAGUGGAAAAUGCUGAAGAUCAACCCGAUGCAUCUGAAAAAGAACAUAGCCCAGAACUGGAAGUUCUCCUCUUCGACAUGUGCCCAAUCGAAAGGGUCCAAAGGGAAAAUACAUUGGGAAUGACGGUGACGUCUGGGAGUGUGACGAUAAAAAAAGAUGCCAAUAACUUAAUCGGUAUCAGUAUUGGUGGAGGAGCGCCACUAUGUCCCUGCCUGUACAUCGUUCAGAUAUUCGACAACACAGCUGCAAGUCGAGAUGGAACGCUUCAGUCUGGGGACGAACUUGUUUCGGUCAAUGGUCAGCCGGUGAAGGGGAAAACUAAAGUUGAAGUUGCCAAGAUGAUACAGGCUGCUAAAGACGAAGUUAUUAUAAAUUAUAAUAAACUCCACGCCGAUCCACGUCAAGGAAAAAGCUUGGACAUUGUGCUGAAGAAGAUGAAGCAUAGAUUAGUUGAGAACAUGAGCUCUUCAACUGCUGACGCUUUGGGCUUGUCGAGGGCCAUUUUAUGCAACGAUACGCUUGUUAAAAAAAUGCAAGAACUUCAGGACACGGAAGUGAUGUAUAGAGGACUUGUGGAUCACUGUAAAAGAGUAUUGCAGGCCCACAUGGAGCUACAACAAGCGGUUAAGGCAAUGGGUGAUGUAUUCGCUGGUCUUGCGGUGAGAGAGCCCCAACCCAGAGCAAGCGAGGCAUUCAGGCUUUUUGGUGAGCAACACAGGAAUAUGGAGAAAACAGGACAUGACAUGAUUAAAAAAGUGAAACCAGUACUAUCUGAUAUGGGCACCUAUUUAUACAAGGCCAUUCCAGACACCAGACUAACAGUUAAAAAGUACGCGGAUGCAAAGUUCGAAUAUCUGGCCUACUGCUUAAAAGUAAAGGAGAUGGACGAUGAGGAAUGCAGCUAUGCUGCUUUGCAGGAACCACUAUACAGAGUUGAAACAGGAAAUUAUGAAUACAGGUUAAUUUUACGUUGUCGACAACUAGCGAGAGCCAGAUUUGCCAAACUGCGAGCAGACGUUUUGGUCAAGAUGGAACUGUUGGACAAUAAACACGUCCAAUCUCUUGGAGGUCAUUUGGUGAAGAUCAUCAAAGGAUUAUCAGAGCUGCAUACAAAAACCUUGGAACUGUUUUCUGGUCCAGCCCUUUUCCCUGUCGAAGUGGAUCUGUCAAACAGUGCAUUUCAGUACAAGUCCACAACGCCAGUAGUGCAGGAUAAUGAAGAAGAAGAGCAACAUAUAGAAGACUGUGAAGAAGUUAAUGAAAGUGAGGCUGAGAGUCUGAUCUGUACUUUAGGAGAUUCUGGUACCGAAAAUGAGGAAGUGGUAGGAGAUUCUAGGGAGAUUUUGUUACCGGAUCUUCAGACAUCUACCCAAUUAGAGCCAAAUUAUGAGGAAAUGGACAACCUAACCUUACUGUCAACCCUCUGCUUGCAAGAUAGUCCACAAAAUGGCCCGCUUUUACCAAAUUUGAACUAAUAUUUAUAUUCAGAGUACAUUGUCACAUAUUAAAUAUCUACGU